CUAAGAGUAGCAGUUGUACCAGCGAGACCCUUUCAAUUCGUUGACUUGUUUGGAGUCUCCAUCGUGGUAGUGAGAGAGAGAGGGAGAGCGAGAGAUCAGACUGUCUUUCGUCAGUACUACACAUCUUUAGGGCUUAGGAAAUUCUCUUCCUCUACCAAUCGGAUCACAGCAAGUUAUGGCGAUUUAACUCUUUCUCACAGCAACAAUGUCCAGCAAUUGAUGAUUUAUAGGCAAAUUGAGGUCUUCAUCAACACAUUUGCGUACUGUUCUUCCACUCGUUUCCAUUAGGUUCAACAAAUAUAUUGGAGACUCUGAAGGUUAAAAUUUGCUACUAAAUUUUCGUAAUCACUGGAGUAGGGAUUGACAAAAGCUGAAGUGGCAGGAAGUUGGCUUAUCAACCAGAAGACAACUGUUAAAGUGGACCUGAUUCCUGUGAUUUUGUUGUAAAACGAGAAGUAAAAAAUGGGAAGUGCAAAAUUUCCCAAGCGCUAUGUGAUUGUCAUUCUAACCUUCAUCUGCACUUGUGUAUGCUACAUUGAACGUGUGGGCUUCUCAAUUGCAUAUACUGUUGCUGCCGAUGCUGUAGGGGUGAACCAGUCAAGCAAAGGCACCAUACUUUCGACAUUCUAUUAUGGUUAUGCCUGUUCACAGAUACCUGGUGGAUGGGCAGCUCAGAAAAUAGGGGGAAGGCGUGUUCUCCUUCUCUCAUUCUUAUUAUGGUCUCUCACGUGUGCUUUAGUACCACUAGACCCAAAUCGAGUCAUGAUUUUGGUGAUAGCUCGUUUACUUGUUGGGGUGGCACAAGGGUUCAUCUUCCCAUCCAUCCACACCGUCCUUGCACAGUGGGUCCCACCUCACGAAAGGUCAAGAUCUGUUUCUCUCACAACAUCUGGAAUGUAUCUAGGUGCAGCUAUGGGGAUGCUUUUGCUUCCUAGCCUGGUGAAAUUCAGGGGUCCCCAAUCUGUAUUUCUUGCUGAAGCAGCAUUGGGUUCCAUGUGGUCUCUACUUUGGUUCAAAUACGCAAGCGACCCACCUCGUUCUGAGCAUCCAAAAGCAUCUGCCGCCGGUUUUGGGGAAUCUUUGUUGCCAAUCAAAGGGAGUCUGAAGGCAAAAGUGGAGAAAGGAGGUCAUUCCGUCAAAACUGCCCAAAUUCCAUGGAAGAAGAUUGUCCUCAGCUUACCCGUUUGGGCAAUUGUUGUGAAUAAUUUCACAUUCCAUUACGCCUUGUAUGUUCUGAUGAACUGGCUGCCCACAUAUUUUGAACUCGGGCUCCAACUUAGUCUUCAGGAAAUGGGUUCUUCUAAGAUGAUGCCUUAUCUGAACAUGUUUGUAUUCUCAAAUAUAGGUGGGGUGAUUGCUGACCACUUGAUCACCGGAAGAAUCUUGUCCGUGACUAGAACGCGAAAGGUCUUGAACACCGUCGGAUUUGUAGUGGCAUCUUUUGCUUUGAUGGCGAUUCCCCUCUUCCGAACAUCUGGUGGGGCAGUGUUUUGUUCUUCCGUGGCUCUCGGUUUUUUAGCACUAGGGAGAGCAGGUUUUGCAGUAAAUCACAUGGAUAUUGCUCCAAGGUAUGCCGGAAUUGUUAUGGGAGUUUCUAAUACAGCUGGUACAUUAGCGGGUAUUAUUGGGGUUGAUCUUACAGGUCGGCUUCUUGAAUCUGCUAAAACUGCUGAUUUGGAUCUUUCGACUCCAGAAAGCUGGAGAGCCGUGUUCUACAUCCCAGGCUUGCUUUGCAUCUUUAGUUCUUUUGUGUUUUUACUAUUUGCGACUGGGGAGAGGAUUUUUGACUGAGGUAAGCUUGUUUUGCAUGUUAUCGUUGCUGACAGAAAGUAAUUACUGUCAUCUGGUAGAUAAUUUAAGAAAUGGUGUUAGAGCCAUUGGAUUCCUUAGUAUAUCGUCCGUUCUUGAUAAGAGACACGUGUUCAAGCUCCUUGGCUAGUUUAGUAUAUUGUCCACUCUUGAUUGAGACACGUGUUCAAGCUCGAUGGCACGGGAAAACCCAGAGUAGUCAGGAUAGAGUUGGACAUGUAUUUGAAGAUAUCAUUGCCAUAUUUGUCAAUGUAUAUUUAUUGAAACCUCAUUCACCCAUUUUUUUUUUUUUAUUUGUAUACCCAUUUUUUUGUACACUUUUGCUUACUUUUGUUUGUCAUUGGUGAUCAAGAUGGCUAUAAAUUUGUAAUUCAUUUUCAGUUAAAAAUACUUGAUUUCGACCUAUUUCUGUAAGGCAGAUAUUUUCAAUUUAAGUUUCAGGACAAAUUUUCAUGAGUGAAA